AUGAACAAUCAUUUUUCAGCCGUCGGCGAAAGCCCCGCCGACGGCAGUUACGAGCAUGGCGUCCAGGUUAUUGACGAGGACAAGGAAUUCAAUACCAACAUCACCGAGUACCUACGAGUGACGGAUGUUGCUCAAGCUGGCUUCAACUAUCACCUCAUCUCCGUCUUCGGCUCCCAGUCUACCGGCAAGUCAACGCUCCUCAAUAACCUCUUUGGCACCGAGUUCUCCGUCAUGUCCGAGACGGAGCGUCGGCAGACGACCAAGGGCAUCUGGAUGUCCAAGAAUAAGCGCAUCGAGAGCGCAGGAAAGAAAAUGGCCGACAACAUCCUCGUCAUGGACGUCGAAGGUACUGACGGUCGUGAGCGUGGCGAGGACCAGGACUUUGAGCGCAAGAGUGCUCUCUUUGCGCUCGCCACCAGCGAAGUCCUGAUUGUCAACAUCUGGGAACACCAAGUUGGUCUGUAUCAAGGUGCAAACAUGGGCCUCUUGAAAACCGUUUUCGAGGUCAACUUGCAGCUGUUCCUCAAGGACAAACAAUCCACCCCGCGAUCGCUUCUAUUCUUCGUCAUUCGAGAUCAUCUCGGAAAUACACCCCUCGUGAACCUCCAGACGACCUUGAUCCAAGACUUGACCAAGAUUUGGACUUCCAUCUCCAAGCCCUCUGGCCUCGAGAGCGCCAAGAUCGAAGACUACUUUGACUUUGGUUUUGCCGCUCUUCCUCACAAGAUCCUGCAAGCCGAAAAGUUUACCGAAGAAGUUCGAAAACUCGGCGCAAGAUUCUCCGCUGCACAGCGAUCCGGUGCCAAGGGUACCCACGGCGACGAGGAGCUGCAGGGCGGCAUCUUUCUGCCCGAGUAUCAUCGCCGCAUCCCCGCAGACGGUUUCUCGGUGUACGCCGAGGGUAUCUGGGACCAGAUCGUUCACAACAAGGAUCUUGAUCUCCCUACCCAGCAGGAGCUUCUGGCGCAGUUCCGGUGCGACGAAAUCGCCAAGGAGGUCAUCGCAGCGUUUGACAUCAUUCUCAGCCCUCUAGAAGAGAAGCAGGUUGAGGCAUCCAACCUGGGAAAGAUUCUGGUGCUUGCCGAUCUCGGCAUCACCGGCAAUGAAGCUCGGCAAAGGUGUGUCAACGCUUUCCAGUCGCAGGCCAGCCGCUAUCACAAGAAGGUAUACGCGGAGAAGCGUCUUGAGCUUGAGAGCAAGAUUGAUUCCAGACUCAAGACUCUGUAUCAAGGUCAGCUGGCUGCGUCUCACAAGGGUGGCGUCGCUGCCUUUACCGAAGCUGUCACCAGCAAAGUCAAGGCUGGCCAAAAGGCUGGCGGUAGCUACGAAUUCGCCGAGAUUGUUUCUAGUGAAAAGGAAAAGGCCCUCAAGAUCUUCAAAACCGAAGCCCAAAGCUUGGCGAUUCAGGGUGUUCCAUGGACCAACUUUAAACCCCAGUAUCAGCUCUACGAGGCUGACCUUGACGAAGUCAGUGGCAAGCUGCGCAAGGAAGAAAUGCGACGGCUUGCCACGCGCGUGGAGCGGUGGGUUAAAUCCCGCCUCGGUGAUGCUGUUGGCCUCGAAUUCAACAAGCUCGGAUCUGGUAGAGGCGGGUCCGGCGCUCCUGAGGACGUCGAGAAGCCUGAAACCGAAAAAGAUCUUUGGGACCGCAUCUGGAACGUCUUUACCGACAUUAUCAGCGAGGCUCAGACACGCUUCGUCGACCGCGCCAAGAGCUUCGACGCUAGCGAAGAAGAAGUCGUGAUUGGCUUGUGGCGUCUGCGCCGCAAGAGCUGGGUCGGCCUCCGCGAGAGAAUUGAGGAAGAGGUCAUGGAAGGAAACAUCCUCCUGAAGCUUCGCGAGAAUUUUGAAGACAAGUUCCGCUACGACGAAGCUGGCGUCCCUCGCAUCUGGCGCCCCACCGACGACAUUGAGGGCGUGUACACCAAGGCUAGAGAAUCGACACUGACCUUGAUCCCUCUGCUUUCUCGCUUCCGACUAUCGUCGACCUAUGCGCCACCCGAUUUGCUGAGCUUCAUUGGUCACCAACCGGUCGGUGUCGAGGCUGGCGAUGAGGAAGACUUGGCGCCUAUCGGUGGCGUUGACGAGGAAGAAGGCAAGAGCCUAGAAGAGGAAAUGACUGUCUUGAGUGAGAGCAAGCGCCAGGACCUCGUUGUACGAUUCAAGAAGACGGCAGAUGGCGUCUAUGUUGAGGCCAAGCGUGGCGCCAUUGGUGGCGUUGCACAAGUUCCUUUGUACUUUUACGGUAUUCUUUUGGCGCUCGGUUGGAACGAAAUCUGGAUGGUUUUGCGUAACCCCUUUCUUUUUAUCCUAUUGUUACUCAUCGCCGGAGGUACAUAUGUCGCUUACACGCUCAAUUUAUUGGGCCCCAUGAUGCAGAUGAGCAAUGCUGCCGUCACCCAGGGCAUGGACAUUGCCAAGCAAUCUCUGCGCGAAUUCAUCGCCAACUCUGACAUGGCCCGUCAGGCCCUUGCCGUCCCCGCGGACCAAAGCAAGAACGAGAGCAUCGACCUGGAUACGCUUGAUUGUCGUGGUAAGAAAACGGCCGCCGCGAAGAAGGACGCUGAUGACGACGAAAUCUGA